CGGGGAGGCCCGGCGGGAGCGCGGCCGCCGCCGCCAUGAAGGGCAAGGAGCGCUCGCCCGCCAAGGCCAAGCGCUCCCGGGGCGGCGAGGACUCGGCGUCCUCCUCCUCCUCCUCGCGCGGCAGCAAGAAGCCGAGCGGCUCGUCCGGCGGAGGCGGCGGCUCCAACGGCGGGAAAGCGGCGGCGGCGUCCGGCGAGAGCAACAGCGGGAGCGGCCGGCGCGGCGCCCACGCGGACAAGGGCGGCCGCGCCGGCAGCCGCGAGUACGAGAGCGGUUCGGCGGCGGCCGCGGGCGGCGGGGGCCGGCACGGCUACAGCGGUAAAACCGCGGAGGCGUCGCGAAGCAGCAGCAGCCGCGGCGGCGAAUCGCGAGCGGCCGCCGCCGCCUCCUCCUCGUCCUCCUCGUCGGAGCCGGGCGGCGGCGAGUACAAGACGCUGAAGAUCAGCGAGCUGGGCUCGGCGCUGAGCGACGAGGCGGUGGAGGACGGGCUCUUCCACGAGUUCAAGCGCUUCGGAGACGUGAGCGUCAAGAUCAGCCGGCUCCCGCCCGGCGCCGGCGCCGCCGACGAGCGCGUGGCCUUCGUCAACUUCCGCCGGCCCGAGGACGCGCGGGCCGCCAAGCACGCCCGCGGCCGCCUCGUGCUCUACGACCGCCCGCUCAAGAUCGAGGCCGUCUAUGUCGGCGGAGGCAGCGGCCGCCGGCGCAGCAGCCGCUCCCCGGCGCUGCUGGACAAGGAGUCUCCCUACGGCGCGGCGGCGGUCGGGGCGGUGGCGGCCGCCGUGCGGCACCCGCCGGCCGGGGCCGCGCAGCGAGCGCUGUCCCCGGCGGGCAGCGGAGGAGCUUUGGGAUACCGGGACUACCGGCUGCAGCAGCUCGCCCUGGGCCGGCUCCCGCCGCCGCCGCCGCUGCCGAGGGAGCUGGAGAGGGAGCGGGACUACGGCGGCUUCUACGAGGCGCGGGUGCGGCCGGCCUACGGGCUGGAGCGCGUGGCCGGUGUGGCGGCGGCCGGGGGCUUCCGCGGAGGAGGAGGAGGAGGCGCCGGAGCGGCCGCCGAGGAAGAGAUCAGCCCCGAGGAUGACCAGAGAGCCAACCGCACGCUGUUCCUGGGCAACCUGGACAUCACCGUGAGCGAGUCGGACUUGCGGCGAGCGUUUGACCGUUUUGGGGUCAUCACUGAGGUGGACAUCAAGAGGCCGGGGCGUGGGCAGACCAGCACCUAUGGUUUUCUUAAGUUUGAGAAUCUGGACAUGGCGCACCGGGCCAAGUUGGCCAUGUCAGGGAAGGUGCUGCUGCGCAACCCCAUCAAGAUCGGGUACGGCAAAGCCACCCCGACCACCCGGCUCUGGGUGGGCGGCCUGGGGCCCUGGGUGCCCCUGGCUGCCCUGGCCAGGGAGUUUGAUCGGUUUGGCACCAUCCGCACCAUCGACUACCGCAAAGGGGAUUCCUGGGCCUAUAUCCAGUACGAGAGCCUGGACGCUGCCCAGGCGGCUUGCACCCACAUGCGGGGCUUCCCCCUGGGGGGGCCGGAUCGCCGGCUCCGCGUGGACUUUGCCGACACGGAGCAUCGGUACCAGCAGCCCUACCUGCAGCCCCUGCCCUUGCCGCCCCCGGCUCAUUACGAGCUCGUGGCGGAGGCGGCUGCUUUUGGGGCUCACCGGGGUGCCCCCCCUGACCCUCUACGGGGGGCCCGGGACAGGACGCCACCUUUGCUCUAUAGAGACCGUGACAGAGACCUUUAUUCUGAGACAGAGUGGGUGCCCCCGCCUCCCCCUGUGCGGGACCGGAGUAAUCGGGCAGCUGCCUAUGACCCACUGGAAAGCCUGGAGCGCCGCCGGGACGGGUGGUCCUUGGAGCGGGACCGCGGGGAGAGGGAGCUGGGCAGUAGCAGUAGGGAUCAGCCUCGGAAACGGAGGCUGGCCGAGGAUGGAGGCCGGCACUUGGACCGUUCCCCUGACAGCGAGCGCUCCUCUUCCUCCCGAAAGCGCCAUUGCUUGGCCACGACCUCUCCCCCGGACCGCAGCCCCGAGCUCCUGGGAGGCCGGGAGCGUUACAGUAGUGACCCUGAGCGCUCAUCCCGCUUGCUCCCCUUGGAGCGACCGUCCCCCAUCCGGGAGUCCCGCCGGGGCAGCCUGGAGCGGGGGCAGAACGAAAAGCGCGACCGCAAGAAUUCCGCGGAGCGGGAGCGCAAGCAUCGCGCCGCCGCCGCCGCCCUGGAGUGCAAAAGUCCGGCCAAAAAGGACGAGCGGGCGGCGGAGGGUGGUGGUGGAGGCUCCCGGCUCAAACCUCCUCCCCAAAAACAGCAGCAGGACGGAGCAGCGCAGGCCGGGGCGGCGCCCAAGCUGUGCUUGGCUUGGCAGGGGAUGCUCCUGCUGAAGAACAGCAACUUCCCGUCGAACAUGCACCUGCUCCAGGGGGACCUCGGAGUCGCCAGCAGCCUCCUGGUGGAGGGAGCGACUGGUGGGAAAGUGGCUCAGCUCAAGAUCACCCAACGUCUCCGUCUGGACCAGCCCAAGUUGGACGAGGUCAACCGGCGCAUCAAGGUGGCGGGUCCCAAUGGAUACGCCAUCCUGCUGGCCGUGCCCGGCGCCUCCGACAACCGCCCCGCAGCCGGGGCUGCCGAGGCCGCCACCACCUCCACGCAGAGGCCGCUCAGGAAUCUGGUGUCCUACCUAAAGCAAAAGCAGGCUGCUGGGGUGAUCAGCCUCCCUGUAGGGGGGAACAAAGACAAGGAGAACAGCGGGGUCCUGCACGCCUUUCCGCCCUGCGACUUCUCCCAGCAGUUCCUGGACUCCACGGCCAAGGCGUUGGCCAAAUCAGAGGACGACUAUCUGGUCAUGAUCAUUGUCCGUGGGGCAUCCUAAGGCCCUCGUGUUCUGUUCCCAACCCUGCCUACUCCUCCAUGCAGCCCCUCCAGCGUGUGCCAGCAAAUCCCAAGAGCUCGUCCUCGAGAGAGCUCCAAAGCGAACAGACCAGAUUUAAAGCACUCAGUGGAAAUGGAAAACCAUAACUUUAAUAACAGACUGGUGUCACAUCCUAUUUUGAGUCCUUGAAAUUCCGUGUGGGCCUCAGGCCAGGGGCCCUUUGGGAUCCCUUCCCUCGGGAGCCGCAGUGGUUUCCCCGUUGAGUCGCGUGGCUCAAGGUCGACGUUUUUCAGGUGAGCAGCAGCUGCUCUCUCGGGUACACAGCAGAACACUGAAUUCCUUUUUGGAAAGGGAUUCCUUUUUCAUCCAGCCCCCCCAGGUGCAUGCACUGAAACUGGGCUUUUUAACAGGUGUAUUUCCCUGAUUUCCCGGUGUAUCCCAUUUGUGCACUUUGGGUUUGUAGCAGUGGCUAGGUUUGGUGAAGAGCUGAGGACUUUGUUGCAAAGCAGGAAUGUCUUGUGCUCACUCUGGUGUGCAGGAAACAAGGAGGUGCUUUAAGGAGAACUUGAGUUAUAUUGUGGGGUUUUGGUUUUACUGCCUUUUUUUUUGUUGUUUUGUUUUGUUUUCUAAGAGUUGCAGGUUCAGUGGGGUCUGGUUCCACAAUGCAAACUGAGCAAGUAAGUGCUUCUCUCCAGAGAUGCUUUUCAUUCUGUGAUAAUUUAAUUACAUAAAAGUUCUCAUUAACAUUUUACCUCUUUGUUAAUAGCAAGGAACUGCUGUCUGCUAGGGACUUUUCAGGUACAGUGUGCAGUGGGCAUUACAUGAGGUUUAUCAUGGGCACCUGGAGUCAAGUGGUUUUAGCAUCCUGGAGAAAUAUUAAAAAUACUCUGAGAUGCUGAGUUUUGAGCUCUUGUUCUUGUGAUUCAAGGAUGAAACAGUUUGCAGGUUGUUGUUUUUUUGUUUUUUUGUUUUUUUUCCAAAUAACGUAGUUAUUUUUUUCCUAUUUUCCCCCAAUCAUUGGGCACUUUUCUCCAGCUGUCUCAGCCACCUUUGGUAAUUCAGGCAUUUAGGAGGGGAGAAGGGAUCUCAAUCCCUGAUGUGAUCUAAUUCCAUGAUAUUCUGUUUAACAGCCAAAAGGGUGUUGCAGCAGCUUAUAAACUGAAGUGUAAAUCUCACUGUAUCUCUUUACAGGCCCUAAAAUUGUAAUCUUGCACUUAAACCCAGAAUGUAAUCUUGCACUUAGCCAUGUUUUCAGGGAUUUGGGCAAGAGAGAAGUGACACUGCCUCUCUUGGUCCAUGCUCCAGUAGAUUCCUUGGAUAAUUGAUACAGGCAUGAGUUGAUUUCUGUUACAACUUGCAUGGCAAAAAUCAAAUUCAAAGUGUGGAAUAGGAUGCGAAUAGGAGACGAAGGAGGAAAUGUCUUGAAUGUAUUUUAUGGGUGUAACUGAACUUGCUUGAGUUUCUGUCACAAAAAUAGGAAUUUUUGUUACUGCACCACUUGUCAGAGAGGGCUGUGGUUUAAGAGGGCUUUGGUUCCUUUAUUUGCCCAGAAUGAGUGGACCCAGCAUCCCAAGCAUUGUGGUGAACUGAGAAUUCCAAUGUGACAGCAUCUCUUAAACACAGAUUUUGUUUUUUAUAGCUACUUUCCUUUCUAAAUGAAAAGGUGAAAGCCUCAUUUAAUGCUCUUAAAUUUGAGAGUAAAAUCCAGAAUUUCUGGGUUGUCCUUCAAUGUGAAUGUAAGAGAUGGCAGAAUUCAGCUGUUCAGCUUCCUAUUAACAAGGAGAAUUUUUGGGAAUGACACCAGAAAUGCAAAUCACUGUGUUUAAGAAGAUACAGCGUGUUUACCACUUAUUGAAAAGAAUGUUUUAAUUGGAGCAGGUGCCUGUUGUGUGUCAGCAGGUGAUCAAUGCUGCAAGUGCUGCUUGCAUUCAGAGGGAGUUUUCUGGGAGAUUUUUGUCAUCUGACAGAAAUCACUUGCAAGAGUUUUCUAGGAAAGAGACUGGAAACAGCUGAGAAUUUAAAUCUGCCCAAAACUGGGGGGAAAAAAGCACUAAAGUUUGUGUUGGACACUGAGAGCAGCAUUUGUUCCACUGAUCUGCAGCAGGCACCCGCUUAAAAACCCAUAAAACUUGGGGUCAACAUAGCUUGUAAAGCCAGCUUGGUUUGGGAAGCCUUUUGGGAAGAGCAUGCUAGGUGCACUUCCAUUUUUCCUUUUGGGAAAUCACAGUGGUUCCACCUGCCAGUGGCUGUGAAAUUGUGCUGUGCUGGAGGGCGAGGAGGAGCGGGCGAGGCCGUGUUUGACUCCAGGUUUUCUGGUUCCUUAUUUCGUGGAGCACCUGCUUCUCCUUUGAAUCUGGUUUAUUUGUGGUUGCUGCUCUGUUUUGUAAGCAAGGAUUUUAACACCCUCUGAGGGUUCUUGAGAGGGAAAAAACCUCUUUGAGAGGUUUUUUUUGCCAGCACUGAAUUCCCGGCUGGGCGGGCUGUGCUUUCCUCCUUGGUCUGAGGUGUUCCCCAUUGGAGUAACUGUCCACUGAAGCUGGCUGAAGGUUUAGAAGCCUGUGGGUGAUACCACUGUGUGCAGAGCAAACCAGAUGUAGCAGUUGUUGGCUCUCUCCUUGUGUCUGGCAUUAAGUUGCUCUGGUGAGAGCUCGGUAUUCCCUCCCGACCUUGUGUGCAGCUGAUGUUCUUCUAUUUCAUUACUGUGUUGAAUUAGUCUGGAAAAAGGAUGUGCUUUUCCUGAAUCAUUUCAUCCUUGUGCUUUAUGCUUUGGGGAAAGAACCUCAAAUGACUCGUGGUUCUGUUUGAGAUUUUAGUUUGUUGUUUAUUUCUUUUGAUUGGAAACUUUGCGCAACUUCCUUGGCCCCUGGCCAGUGGCUUUGUUUGCCACAGGAACACUGAGGUUAUCCUCAAUCCAGAGGUUUUAGGGGCAAAAAUACCAACACAUCCUUGUCAGCCUCCCAGAGAGAAAAGGGCAUUAUUGCCAGGCAGACAAACCUUGUCCUCUCUCUCUUUCCUUUCCUUCAAGGAUGUUAAAGAUGGAAUAUUUCGGUGACAACUUUCUUGGCCUCUAUGGAGAGCCAAGUUCUACAAAGAACGAGUUUUAAUUUCUUGUGUGGGUUUUGGAACCCUCUGGUUGAUGGUAACUGAGGUGAAAGGCCUGAGGUGUUAAUGAGGAGGAGGAGUGAAUCAAAAUUGUGAAGACAAGUUCAAAAACUCUGAGGACUCAGGGAAAAAAAUGCCUUGGAAAAUGAUAGUUCCUGGCUCUAAGCAAAACAGUGUUGAGGGCAGCGCUCCUGGGGAGUGCUGUGUGCCCAGAGGGGAAGAAAUGGUUGCCAUGUGGCUCUGGAGCUUUUGGGGUUCUUUCCCCUUUGUCCCCCUGUUGUUUUCUUUAUAGCACUGAAGGACAGAUACUCCAAUGAUUGGUAGACUGAACGAUGAGGUGAUUUUUGUAUCAGGCUUAAAGCAGACCGGGUGGUGCAGAGAAUGGUUCAUUGAAUAUUCAUCCUCGUGCAGUUCCCAUUGUGUGAAAACGAUGGCUGGGAGAUAUGACUCGAAUAGUAACAAUUUUAAAUUUUAUUGGGUGUGUCUUUGAUUUGACCUUUUGAUUUGACCUUUUAAUAUUGGCAUUGUCUGCUGUUAGAACUGCACAGCAGAGUGAGAGCAAAAAGAGCUGUGUAACACUACAUUUCAUGGUUUUGUUGAUAAGUUGCCUUCAGGAAAUACCCAGUGAGGAAAGUCAACCGAAUUAACAAGAAUUAGGUUGGUUUUUCUCCUGGUUAAUGAUUUUGAUGUGCCCCAACAAAUAUUACUGCAAGUUGAGUAAUCAUCAAUACUGUAAGCCUAGUUUUAUCCUGGUCCAAAAAGAAGCCCUGCACUACUUGUUUUGCAUGUAUCCCUAGAAGGCAACUUCAUUCCGAGGUUUCAUGCCCAUGGGUGGUAUUGGUGCUUUUAAAGUCCAAGCAGAAUAUUCAGAAAGGCCUCGUAGCUCUUUAUGUUCAUCUGUAUAAUGUAGGGAGGGGGAAAAACCCAAAUCUGGUGUACACAUUUGUAUUGAAAUAACGUUUUUUUUCCUCCUGCAAGCAAAUCUGGCGGACUGCAGAAGACAACAGCAUGGGAUACCAAGCUCUAAUGGACCUUUGGGAAGAGAAGCUGUGGCUUAUGUGGAAUUUACAUGGGCCUCCUGGUGGAAGAAAGCUUAUCUGUUUAGUAUUUGUGCAUUUUACUAAAAUGGCAGCUUUAAAAAAAAAAAAAAAGUUGUGUAUCUGCUAUUGUGAUGCCAAUGCCCGUGUUUUAAGUGGAAAAAAAAAUGACCUCUUUGCUUUGUGCUGUGUACACAAGAUUGCUGGAAAAGUAAAGGAAUACCCUUUUUAUGGCUCACACAGCUUAAAAGUAGCUGUCACUCAAACAUGCGCUCACAGUUGAGCUGAUUUUGUUUCAUUCUAAAUAAAUUGUUUCUUUUGAGGAAAA